AACUAUUUCCCUCAUAGCCGCAUGAUGAUCUUUGUCUUAUAUGCCGUGCGGCACCAUCGGAUAGCUGAUAGCUAAGCAUCGUGCGCUUGCGCAAGCUCUCUUCUUCACAUGUUUGGCCUACUGAGUUUUCUUAUUUCUUUUUUCAAAAUGGGCGAUGUAGCCGCCGUAGCUUCUCCGAGUGUGUCAGACUCCAGUAAGGAUUCUGCGGGGCUUGAUGUUCCAGACGAAUCUUUCCGCACGAGUAGGCCAGAUAUCGUUGGGCCCGACGUUCCAGACGUCCCAUUCCCAAUUAAAUUGUCUGGUCCCGUGCAGCAUGGAUUCGGCAGAGGGAGCAAAGACCUCGGAUGUCCAACUGCGAAUCUUCCUGAUGACUCCCUCCCACCCAUGAUCAAUGCUGCAAAGACAGGAGUCUACUACGGCUACGCUCAGGUUACCCCUUCUGAGGGAACACCGUCAUCAUUAUCUAACCAAGACGUAUGCGUUUUGCCUAUGGUCAUGAGCUUUGGGUGGAAUCCUUUUUACAAAAAUGAGCGCAUGACUGCGGAGAUUCACAUAAUGCACGAGUUUAAGACCGACUUUUAUGGAUAUAAUAUGAAGGCUUUGGUAUUGGGAUAUAUCCGUCCGGAACUGCAUUACACUUCACGAGAAGCACUUAUAGAGGACAUAGAGUUCGACAAGAAAGUCGCGUUCAAGUCACUGGCAAGGCCAGCGUACGAGAAAUACGCAUCGGACCCAUUCUUCACGGUCUAGGCGACUGAUUGAGUCACUAGACCUUGCGCUACGAAUAGCACACAACACUAGCGCAGCACGAGGUAUUUAGAGCGUUUUACGGUAAAUAGUUGUACCAUGGCUGUAACAAAUAGAAAUUUUGUCAGUGGGCGCUGAUAUGUGUUGCACUGUAGAGCGAGAAUCAAUUAUAUUACC